AUGGGACCCGAGACUCAGCCCUCUGGCCCGCAGUCUAAAGAGCUGCCCGAACACGGAAACGGCGCCAAGGCUCGACGCCUGCUCUGGACAUACUCUAGCCUGAUGCCCUUCUUCGACUGGUACUUUCUGUUCUUGGCCGUCUGGACGUCGUGUGUUUUUGGCGAAGUAUGUGGGAAGAUCACCUGCACGCAAGGAAAGUCUGAGUCUUUGAUUGAACGACUGAAACAUGCCAAGAUCGUUGACUUGACACAGAAUUAUACCAAUGAGACCAUAUAUUGGACGGAAGGCAAAACAUUUUUUCUGCAAAAAGAAAUCUAUAAAGACCCGAGCCCGGGUGUUCCAUGGGUCCAGGUUGACAACAUCGCGGAGGCAACCCAUGGCGGUACACACAUAGAUGCGCCGUUACACUUCCACGAAGGUGGCUGGUCGGUGGCAGACAUACCCAUUGAACGGCUUAUGUACGUGCCCAUCGUGAAGCUAGACAUUCGUCGACAGGCGGAAGCUGAUCCCAACUACAUCACCGCCGUGUCCGACAUACAGGACUGGGAAAGGCGCUACGGAAAAGUUCCCGCUGGCAGCUUCUUUCUUCUGCAGACGGGACAGUCAAGAUUCUGGCCCAAUCGAACGGCUUACAUGGGUCUGGAUGAGAACGGAGACCGACACUUUCCUUCACUCGGAGCAGAGGCAGCCACGUUUCUGACGACAGAGCGAAGUCCGUACGCAAUCGGCGUGGAUGCGGCGUCGCUGGAUCAUUACCCGGAAACCAGCGUGCACCUGAUACUCGCUGUCGCUAGCGUGUACAGCAUCGAAAAUAUGGCCGAUCUAUCUUUGGUGCCUGCCACGGGGGCACUGGGCAUCGUACUUCCCAUGAGAAUACCUGGUGCCAGUGGGGCUCCCACCCGCGUUGUGGCGACAAUACCAUGAUGCCGACAACCUGACACUUUCAUCCUAUGCUCGUCUAAAGAUCUCGUGAAAUAGUUUCUGUAUUCGGUCCCUGGUGCCGAAUUCACAAUGUGUUUUGCUUGCAAAUUAUGUUGGCGAUGGCUGGCCUCCUACGCUAGCAAUAUGUCCAAUAUAGCAAAUGGCUUGCACCUACGUUUA